AUGAUGAAAGAACCAAGCGUCAAGAAUAGUACAAGCCAAUGCGAUGAUAGCGACGGUGACACGGCAGAGAUCGCUGACAUUUUUCACCCCGUGGAAGGCGACGACGGUGCCCCUCUCCAACUUACAGUGCAGUCGUUACCAUAUGUCAAGUGCCGCGAGAGCGUAAGCGCUGUAUUUGGCUUUGACUCGGCUGCGCGCCGCCGCAUUUCGCUGGCGUCCUAUGCGACGUCUGAUACUGCGAACUCGUCACUUGAACACGUCCGAAAGCUUCCCAUGUCGCUCUCGUACUCGGUCCCGUCCGUUACGAUGGUGACCAACACGCCCCGUGGCCGCCCCGCCGUAGACGUAAUUGCCACUUAUAUGAACACAUGUGAUCAGCGUACCGUAAAGUCAGAGCUCAUGCGCGCCCAUGCGCACUUUGCGUCUCCACGAGGUGGUCCGCCGUCGCGCAUCCGCUCGUCUUCCCUGAUGAGCAAAGAAGGUAGCGCUGAGUGGGGCUGGUUCGCCGACAUUGACUCAAGUAGCGAGAGUUGGGCCGGCGACGGACCCAUUCACUCGCUACGUCGUCGCUUGAGUGCUGAUUUGGGACUCAUUGACGUGGGCAAUGUUCAUGUCUUGGGUGAUGAACAGACAAACACACGCAUUACGGCGGCGCACAAGACAUUUACAAUCGUCACAGAAGGCAAUAGCAAGGUAGUGUCCGCUACAGUAUCCAUUCCCAAGUUCCGCAUUGUACAGUCUCGCUCAGGGGCUGAUCGUCAUGCGCAGUAUUUAAUCACCCUUAUGCUCGGCAAGGAGCUGUACGCAGACUGGCGUCGGUACUCAGAGUUUGGGGAGCUAGUCAAGACGCUAGAUGAGAAACGUUAUACGCGGACACAAGAAGCCUGGGCAGGUAUUGAGACGCGCUGGUUUAACCGGCUAGAACCGUCGUAUCUGCAUCAAAAGUGUAUUACUCUUGAAAACUUUAUGCGCGAGCUCAUGUAUGAAUCAAACGAGCCGACUGUGCUGAUUAACUUCCUCGGCGGUUAUCUUGGAAAGGUAAAUGCGCGGCCAAUGGACCCCGUAGCGUUUCGCCCAGCUGCGCAGCUCCCAAAGGAGCUUCGCCCUCCACAGCCGCAGCACGAACGAGAACUCUUUGAAAAAAUGUGGGCGGAGAAUUUUAAGCGGUCUCACGUGGACUACGCAACGAAUGUGCCGGCAAGCCAGGCGGCCAGCUAG